AUGCGGUUCUAUCGAGUCGAGCGCGUCGCGGCACGCACCGAGCAAGUCUAUCCUGAAGAAGACGGAGGCCAUAUCCCUUUGAUGGACGACGAGGACCAGAAAGAAUGCACUCCAGAGCCAGCUGAUCCUUUGACCGACCUGCGAUAUUUGGAGAAUCCGGUCUCGUGCAUCCUUAACCCGGACGCGUCACUGCACGACCUCACAGAAGCUUACUCCGUCCUUUCUACGCGUCUCAAGUCUGCGCUUACCACCGACAGUGUAGUGGACUCGACGUGGCCACUGUUUCAGCCUCUGCGACAACACCGCGUCGCGUUCUUUGAAAUGGUCAUUCGCGAUCUAGGCCGCGUGCAUAUCGACCCUCUCGAGGCCCUAUCAUCUGAAGGCGAUCCAUGCCCAACACGGGAGCGGGCAUCAAUUAUUGCAUUACCCUCUCCCAAGGAAAGCCCUCGAAAGAAGAGGGGGAUGUCUGGGGAACAGGCGAAAUUCGCGCGCGAUUUGUGUGGUGUCUCCACGCAGUCAUCCGAUUUCUCAACGUUGCCUUCACAUUUCCUGCGUUGUAUCAGCUGUACUCUACUACGCUUCCUCUUGACGAAUGUCCUUGCCAUUCCCAUGGCUCCCGAGCUUCCAACCCCAAAUGCGCGUAAAACAUGCGCGCUAGCCGUGUGGCUGAUCCAGACCAUGCAGCUGCCCGCGGAAGUCAUCGAACCCGCCGCACCGCGCAUAGCUUACGCCAUCCGUCGGGGCAUUGAAGGUGAACUGGGGAGAGAGGGUAAGAAGGGAGCAGUGAGUGACGGUCUCAAGGCGAUCUACGAGCUGUCGACGGCAUUUCCGGAUAUCUUCGUGCCUGCCUUCACGGAUAUACUUCCGUCUCUUCUCACGAACCUUCUUGCGCCAACUCUCGUGUUGCGCGCUCAGGCGUGCCAUGCUCUCGGAGGAUUUGCGUAUGCUGUCGCGAAUAUCCCUGCGUCUCCGAUUCACGCUCGCAUCGCCGGCAUUGUUGCCAGGUAUUUGCGGCCUGUGGACUCGCCGGCGCCUUCACCCGACGCAAAUGGAAACGCCGCACCUCCCGCAACACCAGGUAGUCCAAAAAGAGACUCUGCGAUACUUGGGAAUCCGUCACGGGAAGAGCUCCGUUCGCAACAUUGGCUUCAUGACCUGGCGUUGUAUGGUCUGGGCAUUCUUCUGUGCACCAUCAAUCAAAGCGACUGUGAUGACGACGAGGACAUGGAGGGUGCUGACGAGCAAGAGCGCACGCCGAGUGUCACCUCUCCCGUGGUGCACUCAAAGAACGCCUGGAAGGUCAUGGUCUCCAUCAUUGACGUUGGUGCAGGCUCGGCAGUCAUUGCUUCGCUCCUAUCGCAGCCAUCCGCCGAUGAGCUUAGUCUUCGGCGGGCCCUCGGUGUCCUGCGAGCCAUGAGCCGGAAAGGCGGACACACCACUAAGGAAGCCCUCGACGCCGCCUUGGAUUUCCUCGGCGUCACGGACAACUCAGUAGACGAGGCCAUUGAGGCGCCGACCCUGCUUCCGCACGGCCUGUUCUGUGCUGAGCCAGGACUGCUCACCGCUGACUGGUCCACGCUGCCGUCCGCGGCUCGGCCGAUACUCGAGGAGUGUUUCCGAACGCGUAGCAUCAGAAAGUUGUCGGAAGACGAGCUUGCAACACCAUGGGUAUUCAACGUGCUCUUGGUGGUCUUCAAAAACAGCCUGAGUGCGUUGAAGCUGUCGUGGGGGGUUAACUGUCCGAUGCGGAUAACGAGAGGCCUUACGGCGUGGGCGGAUGAAAUGACUGACCUGCUCAUUGAUCUCGUCGACGACCCCAAGCUAGAUGUCGUCAAGAACUCUAAGGGUGAACAUGACAGCGGCUUUGUCCCUACGAGCCCUGAGCGUAUUUUGGGCGAGGCACUAGAGAAGUCAUCGGAGAAGCUCUUGGGGUACCUGCUGUACCACGAAGAGUAUCUUGUCGAGGACCUGGACGAGCCGGAUGGUGUGAGGAUGCAGUGGGCCUCCCUCUGCGCUGAAACGAUGUUCGCGUGCGAAGUGGCCUUGAUGGAGAAGUUCUGGUCGGGACGUCACCCUAAAGGCCGCAGUUUGGCUGGGCUCCAGAGGUACGCCGACUGGUGUGGACCGCCUUCGUCGAGAAAUGGCGCGACAACUCCGAGCAUCUGGGAGAUGGGUGUUAUCAUCCUCAGCGCACCCUUUAUGGAGUUCGCGGUGUUCGAAAUGUGGAAUCACGACGUCGACAUUUGGAACGUUCUUCUACGUGAGACUAUGGACAGGGCACUCGAUUACGGCAUUGACUCCGUCACUGUCGUCGACCAAAUCGCCUCUACAGUAUUCUCUCACCGCUCACCGACGCCGUCUGCCUCUUCCACCCGUAUCGCUGACUUGCUCCUUUCGAACUUGGACAUCAACGAUGCACGGGACGUUCCAAAGGAUGUACUCGAUUUGGUCAACGAUACGUUGGCAUCGACCUACCCGCCGGAGCCGCGCAACAAGGUCAUAUCUAUUUGGCUCAUCCGGACGCUUACAAGGGUCAUAGACGCGUGUCCUGUCGAGCUGUCGAUGAAUAUGUUCGAGCUCCUCCAGGAUGGCUUGGCCAGUGGAUCGGCGACGACUUCCGGGUGUUCACUGAGGAUGAUAUGCUAUGGAUAUUCUCCCAGUAUACCAGACGGUCUUGCUCGGCCUUCAAUCGCUCCCCGCCUCCGUCGAACUGAUCGAGACACUCGCACCCAUCGUCGAGUCCGGCUUCUGCGGCCGCGCAGACAACCUGAGGCCAUCACUGAAGCAUUCGCAGAGCUCUGGCAGACCGCCUACGAGCGGAUCAAGGAGCCCUCCGAUGGCUGGUCCGAUCGGCUUCAAACCUGCCUCCACGCAUUGGCCGGGGAUCAGCCUGCCGCCAUUGCUGCGUUUGACAACGACGACCUCCCGCCCUCCUCUGACUUCUCCGAGUUCAACGACGACCUCUUCGCGUCGGAGACAGCCGACGCAGAGAGCGAGGAGGAAGACGAGGUCACCGCAUCCAUUCUCCCCAGCUCCUCCGGCUUCGGCCCGCCCAUCCCUGCGCUCAUCCCUCUCCCUGCGUCACCAGUCGCCGGUCCCUCCAAGUUCACCACCCCGCCAUCAACACCCAAGUCUACGCCCCCGUCCUCGCCAUCAUCCCCAUUGGCGUUCCCCGACUCUCCUCAGCCCGCGGAGUCCCCACGCGCGCCGAUGACGCCCAAGCGCACGUCGCAGAUGACCCCGCGCCGCACGCCGCUGUCGUCCGCGCGUCGGCGGGGCGAGAAGGAGAACGUCGAGCCGCUGCCCGUCUUCGCCACGGUUGCGGAGCGCAUCGCGAUGGCCUCGCCCGCCAGCGGACAGUCUGUCCUGGGCAAGCGGCCUUCCGCCGGCGAUGACGGAGAGGAGGGGAUGCAGACGCCGAAGAGGGCGAGGUUUGACAUGUCGGGUGCGCCCCUGCUCGAGGCUGGUCUGAGGUUCGCGCCUGAGGAUGCACUGCCGCUCCGGGCGGGCGCGUCCCUCCUGGACGUCCCGAGCACACCGAAGCGGCAUGCAACGUUGCCCAAAUCGCCGCGCUCCCUAGCGGAGGACUUGGCCGCGUCUUUGUCUUACUCGCCUGAGAUCCCCGUCCUCAGUGCCAGGAAGUCGGCGAGAGGGCCUGCGGGCGUCGCAUUUGCAGCACUGCCUAGCACUCCGAAGCGGACCACAUCUGUGCCCAAGACGCCCUGCCCUCCACCCUCGGAGGAGUCGGAAGACGACCCGUUCGCGUCGUGUUCCCAGGCUUCGUCCUCCGCGCCGUCCGCGGGUGCACCGCGCUCGCGGAAACGGAAGGGCGUCUUCAUGGAGGCUGUGGAGGUGCCUACGUUCAAGGAGGUGCUCUAUCGCGAGAAGAAAGAGGCAGAGCGGAAGCAGAUAAGUCUCCGCGCGAGUCUGCCGCGGCGCGCUGCUUCUCCGGAGGACAGCGAGACUGAGAGUGGCAGCACGCCUGCCCAGGCGAGUGUGAGGAAGACACAGUCGGCCGUGAAGGUAACGGAGGUGGAGCCUGUGCUCUUCUCGCUUCGGGAUGAGCUGCCAGAGACCCCGACGAAGAAGCGGAAGAGUCGGGGCGCAGUCAUCAACGGGGAAGCGGGACAAGCUGGGUCUUCGUCCAUGUCGUCCGCUCUGCGCGCGCUCAGGAAAGCGCCGAUUCUGGGUAGCGAUGACUCCAUCAUGCACGCUACACCGUCAAAGCUCCCGCCAAAGGAGCCCUCGUCCGAUGACGACCCCCGCCUCGGGCAGGUCAACCCUGUCGGCCUCGUCUCGCCCGCCCUGCGGCGCAUGAAGGUGCGGACGCCGGAUCUGUCGGACCCGCUGAGCAGCGACGACUCGGUGCUGUCGAACAGCCCCUCGCGGGAGCUCGUCAAGCGGCGCAUCGCGCGCCUGCCUGGCAGCGUGGACAGGAGGAAGACGUUGAACCCCUCCCCGCUCAAAACGCGCCCGGUCUCGGCGAUUGACCUGACGCGCCUCGAAGACGAUUGAAGCAGUUGUUCAAUGUUCUCCGUAGUGUACAUCCCAGUUUGUGUUGUGUGUUCGUUGUGUGUCCGUGGAUGUGUAAUUUGUUGGCUGUGAUAUCUUGUCUUGUCUCUAGCUCUUGAUCUGUCCAUACAUCGCAUUUGUACUGUAGUAGCCCGUAGUAGCACUCGCAAUAUUACACCCACUGUCUCCAAGCUC